AAUGGUUACUUACAGCAUCUCCAGUCAGAGAUCUGACUGCAGCAUAAAGCUGACAGCCAGGUAACCAUCCAGACUGGAAGAGAAGCAAAUUCAUUUUAUUAAGGUGGAGUGUAUUAAGCUGCUGGAAUUUGUUUUUCUUCCUGUUGUUUGCAUCUUGACUCAAAUCCAGCAAAAUAAAUUCAGACUUUCUCCUGAACGUGUGAUCUAUGCAGGUUUUGUCUCAAGUCCAAGUCUCCAGGAAGGAUGGGCUGUGAUUCCAUCGUUUGUAUUUAAACCCAGAAUUAUGGAAGAAACUGCUGGCAAAACUUUGUGAGUCAGGUGAAAGCUUUUGGAAAGAGCUGAAAACCAUUUUGAAAAGACAGGAUAUUAUACUGUGGUUUGUGCAUUCAUGAUGGCUGGAGAAAAUACUAUAGUGAGCACUACUGAGUUUGUCUAUGAGGAUGUGGCAUCUCCAUGUGAUAAAGGGGAUAUUCAGAUACUUGGAAAACUCUUUCUGCCUAUCCUGUAUGCUGUUGUAUUCACCAUUGGGUUAGUUGGAAAUUUCCUGGUGAUUUUUACCAUUGUGAGAAGUGGUCACCAAAAGAGCAUCACUGACAUAUUUCUCUUGAACUUGGCCAUCUCUGAUCUUCUAUUUGUAAUAUCUCUUCCUUUUUGGGCUUCUUACAUCAUACAUGAAUGGACACUUGGAAACCUUUCCUGCCAGAUAGUUUCCUCUUUCUAUACUGUGGGCUUCUUCGGGGGCCUGUUCUUCAUCACUGUCAUAAGCAUUGAUAGGUACCUGGCUAUUGUCCAUGCAACAUAUGUUAUGAAAGCCAGAACUGUUCCCCGUGGAUGUCUCACCAGCAUUGCAGUAUGGGCCCUGGCAGUUUUAUUUGCAGCCCCUCACUUUGUGUUCAUCCAAAAGUCAGAGAAUAAAUGUACUUCUGUGUAUCCGGAACAUCUUGAGAAGAUCUGGCCAGCAUUCAGCUACAUGGAAAUAAAUGUUAUUGGGUUCCUUCUCCCAAUGUGUAUCAUAAGCUUCUGUUAUUUAAGCAUAAUCAAAACCUUGUUGUCCUGCAAAAACAACCGGAAAAAAAGAGCCGUGAAGCUGAUUUUAACAGUAGUGAUUGUGUUUUUUCUAUUCUGGACUCCAUAUCAUGUGUCACUUUUUCUGCAGAUAUUAAGGUUCUAUGACUUCUUUGAGACCUGCACCUCCUUAAGGCUUUUAGAGUACAUCAUGCAUGUAACUGAACCACUAGCUUUCAGCCAUUGCUGUCUUAAUCCAAUUAUCUAUGCUUUCGCUAGUGAAAAAUUCAGGAAAUACCUUUCCCACUUUGUUCUCAAAUGUCUCUCUUUUGUUGGUUUUUGUGGGCCUUGUAAUAAGUAUCGUGGCACAGCUCCUAUUCCUGUUCCAGAAACUGCCUUGACCAGCAACCAGACCCAGAAUAGCAGUUACCAAGAUGGCUCUGUGUUACUCUGAGUGUUUAAUAGUAGAUUGUAUAGGAUUACAUGUAAUAUACUUAGUGUGGAGCUAUAGUUUUGCCUAAUGCAUGCAAAGGCCUUGUUUGUCUGGCUGUUCCUGAAAAAGCAAUAAUAACUGACCAUAGCAUAUUUGCAUUUAUGGAGUUUAUCGCAUGGGAUGGAUACUGUGCAGAAAUGGGAUUUAAAAAUCCAGACAAAACCCGCAAAAGUGGGUUAAUUUUCAGAGUUAAUAAGCAAUAAUGUGACAUUAACCCUAACAAAAGCU